CAAAAUUUUGGUAUUGAGAAGAGUGUGAAGAGAGCCAAAUUAUUCUUUCAAAAAGCCUUUACUCAGAUAACACCACUUUACCUCACGCGCUUUCGGAUCCAUCUCUUUGACCCGCCCAUAGAUCCGGAUUCACUAUCCUCCUCCCGGGUCAGUCUUUAUUUUUGCAAUUUCUUCUCUUUCAUAAGUGUCCCUUCUUCUGCUUCCGCGUCUUUUUCUUUCUUCCAGAAAAUUUCAAUACUGAUUGAGAGAUUACAAGAUCCAUAUUGAAGAAGAAACCGUAAAAUGCUGAAGACAAGAGCAAUGUUUCCUCACAAAGAUCAAGCAAUGUCUCUGUCUUUGGAUCAACAAUCUGAUCUUCUUGUCGGACUCAACAACACCAGACCGAUCACUAACCCACUUGCUUUGAGUCUUUUGAUUGGUCUGAACAACAACAAGAAGUGUAUCUCAGAUUCUGAUUUUGUCCGGAGUCCCAAAUCUCCUCUUGAAUUUAGGAUCUUAUCUACAAUGGCUGAUUCAUUUUUCCUCAGAUCUCCUAGAUCAUCACUCACUGCUCAUCUUAACUGUUGUUGUGGUCCUGCUGCUAAAGUUGGUUUAAGCAUUGUUGAUUCUCUUGGUGAUGAUCGGUGUUUGUUACCUGAUGUUGUGUUUGGACCCGCGUUGAGGAUCAAAUGUUCUGAGGUUAAGUUGUUCCCUGUAGCCAAGUCUAUGAAGAUUGAAAAGGAAAGAUCUGGUGUUGUUUUCGAAAUCGGUGAUAACUCUUCUGAGCCUGAGCCGAUUGGGUUGAGAAACCGAUCCUUUUCUGCGAAUGAUUGUCUGCGAAAAACCCGAGUUCUGUCUCGAUCCAAGUUAGGCGCAGAAGGGGACUUCCAGGGGAGUGGUUCUGAAAAUGCAUUCUCCUCUUGUCUAUCUGAGGAUGACAUGGAGGAUUAUACUUGUAUCAUUGCACAUGGUCCUAACCCGAAAACCACUCAUAUUUAUGGUGACCGAGUUUUAGAGUGUCACAAGAAUGGGUUAAAGGGAGAUGAUGAUAAUAAAGAGAAGACUAUCGAAACGGAGUUUGAUAACUUCCUCAGCAUCUGCAACUUCUGCAAUAAGAAACUCGGAGGUGACGACGACAUAUAUAUGUACCGAGAGAAAUCAUUUUGCAGUGCAGAGUGUCGUUCAGAGGAGAUGAUGAUAGAAGAGGAGGACCAGGAAGAGCCGUGCAUAGCUAUGCAUGAAUCUUUAAAGAAGCUCUUCUGAACAAGAAGCAGCUAUGACGAUGGCCAUGGGACGAGCUUUUAUAGACCCGACCAUCGUCUUUUAACUACCUAAAGACUUAUUAUAUAUGUAUUGACUAGUACUGUCAUGCCAAUGUUAGGUAACAUGUGGCACUAAACCCGUUCAUCCGUCUACAAAGAGCUGUGUUUAUGCACAUCUAUUAGCAGCUGCAGCAGCCACGGAUGGAUUGGUCGGCUUUCUUUUUGUAUAUUUUGUAAUGGGUUUUUUUUUUUUUUUUCUGGAUAUCGAAGUUGAAGGAUACUACUAAGAUCUUAAAAUAAGUUUCGUAAAGAGAGUGUUGGUUGCGAAAGGGAUUGUGUGACCACUCCAUCUUCUUCUGAGUACUGGGUUUGAGGGUCUUUCUAUGGCCUCAUAAGUUUGUAUGAAGAUUUUAAUUAAAAUAAGUAUCUAUAAUGCUACAAUUAUAUCUUUUGCAAA